AUGCAACGACUUUCAAUAAGCAAAGGAAAUGCUUUCGUUUUAGUAUAUUCAAUUACAAGCAAGCAAAGUCUAGAAGAACUUGGACCCAUAAUUUUGAUGAUGAAAGAGGUGAAAGGUGAAAGCAUCUCUGAAGUGCCUAUUAUGCUUGUUGGCAACAAAAAAGAUGAAGACCAACGUCGUGAAGUAAGUUCAGAAGUUGGACAAAAGUUGUCAGCAAAAUGGGGUACAGGUUUUAUCGAGACAAGCGCUAAAGACAAUCAGAAUAUCACCGAAUUAUUCCAGCAGUUGUUGGCAAUGGAAAAGAGACGAACUUUAACACUAACAAUGGGUGAAGAUAUAGGUAAAAGUGGUUCGAGACGAAAAUGCUCGUUAAUGUAA